AUGGUACUCAUGUUUUUAUACAAGACAGAGGAGCUAGAGGGCAAAAGGUUCCAUAAACUAGACCAAGAUAUUGUGCAUGCUAUUACAGGUUGGUAUUUAAUAUAUAUAUAUAUAUAUAUAUAUAUUUGUUCUACUAAAAAUGAUAUUUAUAAUAAGCCAUUAAAACCUCCAGAUAAUUAUUGCAAUUAUUAAAGGAAGCCUUUAUCAGUUAGUAUCCCUUUUAAUGAGGGAGCCACAGUUGAAUAAUUACUAGGAUGUUUUCCAAUUGAAUACCAGCAAAUCAGUGAUGUUGCAUCAGUGAAUAUACUAGCUGCCAGUACCAUUUAAGAAGGGUCAGGUCUGGUGAUUUAAACUGGGAACUUGGUCAAGUUAGUUAUGUUUAGGAUAAUUUUAUCACUGCACUGAUAAAAGAACUGUAUGUACUUAGUGAGCUCUAUUCCUAAUUUUCCUUGGACCUUUUAGUUGUCGUGAUUGUACAUGUUUUCACACUUGACAUAUGGAAUUUAAUUUAGAACUUGCUGUGGUCACAAAGCUGCUGCAAGUAAAACUGAAGGAGUCAGGGUCCACAGGUGAUCAGCCCAAAAAAAAGGCACCUAAAGACAAGGCUUUAAUAUUGCAGUCCUUGAGGAGCAAGCUGAAUAAUUUGAUUCAGGAAGAUGGUAAGUCAAGUGUUGCAAUAUUACAUCUCUCUUUCUCUUUCUUUCUCUCUCUCUGACUCUCUCUAAUUAUAUGUAGUCUGCAAUUCUUACUUAGGGCAAUGAAGCCUAUCUGCUUAACAACUGACAGUACCCUGGUUCUUGAGGGGUUUAAUUCUAAUUAAUAAAUGCAUGUACUGCACUACACAUGCUCCUCCAUUGGUUUGGAGCAAUAAGAGUACAUAUGUAUAUGCUGUGCUGGUUCAAAGUGAUUGGUUAAAUUAAACCAAUUUUUUAAAAUGAAUUUUGAGGAAAAACUGACAAUAUUAGUUAAUGUCACAAAGUGAUUUGUGCAUAUUUUAUUUCCUUGCUACAGAGCAAAGGCAAAGGAGAAAAGGCUGAAGAGAAGGGCUGCCAUGCAGACUGAUCUUGUGGUGCAAAAUCUAGCAGCUGAGUGACACCACUUAUAAAUAACAUUCCAAAUAAUCAAUGACACAUGUAUUUGCAAUGUCAAAAUCACUCUUUGCCCUCUAAUUACAAUCAUUGCAGACUUGAUGUAUUUGAAAAGAAAUUGAAAAUGUUUUAAAUGAAAUAAAAUUAAACUCAGUGAUUACGUAAGAGACCUAGUUAGGAAAUAGCUAUUCAACAGGUUGUUUUUAGAUAGUUCAGUCAAUUAGGUUAUAAAAUAUAGUGUCCAAUUUUUUUUGUUGUCAUGAGUAAUUGUUGUAAAUAUAAGCUUUUAGAAAUCUUCAUACUGCCUUGUCAUGCUGACUUGCAUACCAUAGAACAUUGCAGAACAUUUCAUGAAGUUAUGCAUUUAUAAUGUAAAACUACUAAAGAAAAUAGUUCUCAUGUAAGCUUCCGGAAUGUUCCAGAACACUUUUUGAAUAUACAUAAAGAUUCACUUAUGUAGUAGUUGUAGUUGUUGUUGUCGGAGUGACAAUUGUUUUGAAAGCUAUACCGAGAGAGAGUUACUGUCAGUGGAAGAUUGCUUAUUUGGAGACAGCAAUGAGAUUAUGUCAGUGGUGAGCUAUGAUAUAGACUGUGGUGGGCUUAAUUAAGUAAAUUAACAAUAAGUACUAUACUGCUUUUAAAAGUUGC